GACGUAUCAUGGUGGAGACUAAGGGGUUGCUCCGCCCCCUCGUUGCUGGCUCCCGGGCGCGCAAGCUGAUAUACUGUGCCUCGCACGUUUUGGAGAUUGCUUUAAUGUUGGUUAUUUUAUUGUAAGGACAGCUGUGUGAAAUAUGUUAUCCAUAGUUUCCCACAAGAUAUUAAAAAGAAGAGCGUCCUUUUGUCCCUGUCCAUCGGGAUUUAUAUACUUUUACGCCUUUCUGGAAUCCACGUGAGGAUCUGGGCUAACUCAUUAGCUUAGCCGGAUCGUUACAAAUGGCGCCCGAACUGUGAAUGAAUACCCUUAGAAGGAAAGGUUUGGACACUGGACAGUGAGUAUAUUUGGAGUAUCUCUUUGGUGGAUAACGAAGGAAGCAGGCGAACUAUUUUUGGAAUUUGACUUUUUUAUUUGCCUCGCGCACGUUGGCUAGCGGAUUUACGAUAUUUCAUUCACUCGUGCACGGUGUGGCAACCUAAAACUCCAGUUGGCCAGACCGUGGGACAUUUUUCCUCGUCUUUUUCCCAUUUCCUGCGGAGUUCUACGCGCCGUGAAAGAGAGGAGAGGGAAAUUUAAAAGAAAAAAAAAAAGGGGGGUUAAAGGUUAAUUGUAUGUGAGUGUGUAAUAUAUGUUAAUAGUUAUUAGCUAAAUAAUGAAAACUGACCAGUGCUGAGUUUAAGAGUAAUUCAUCAUGUAAGGUUAUUUGAUGAUAUUAUUUUCUUAUGUAUUGUAAUACACUGAGUGUCUUCCUAUUGCACAUGCUGUUUUAGCCUACUUUAGGAUAAUUUUUUUUUCCAGUUAUUCAUGGUCACGUUUCUGUUUUGAUUCUCUCGGUACAUUUACAAUGGCUAGACGUAUUGUUGCAUUUGUGGAUGACGAUGGUAAAGGUGAUGGUGUUCCACUUGGGCUGUUGGGUGAUGAUUCGGUCACAAUUCAGCAUCUUGCUGCUCAGGUAAAAAAGUUACAGCAACAAGUAGAUAUGCUGACAUCUGCAUUUAGUAUGUCUGUUGACUUGCAACACAGCUUGCUACAGCAGUUGGAGAUCCAGACCUCUUCACACUCACAGGGACCAGACACACAUGCCCAUCCUAUGUUUACCUCCACCCCUGCUACACGCACACUCACAAAGCGCAAUAGUCGAGAUGCCGAGGAUUCUCAACAUUCGCAUGGACAGGAUGCUGGUGCCCAUCCUGGGCACACUUCUCUCACUGCGGCACACACUCUCUCCGAAUGCACAGCCCGGUCAUGUCCACACCCCCCGCUGGUUAGUUCUGCUCACCUUUCUGGCCUUGUGCCACCCAAGUUUGAUGGGGGUGAUUCUAUUGACCCAGAGGAUUGGCUUCAGUCUGUUUCGUUGUACAAAACAGCGGUUGGCUUACCUGAUACUCGGUUUUUUCUAGAGUUGACGAGGCUGUUUGAGAGGGAGCCUCGGAAGUGGUACUCUGCCAUGCAGCCCCACCUACUGUCGUGGGAACAUUUCUCAGAUCUCUUUCGUCAAGCAUUCUUACCAACAGACAAUGAGGAGAAGAUCUGGAGAGGGAUUUUAGACAGUGUUCAGGCUUCUGAUGAAUCACUUCCCACCUUUGUCGCUCACCUGGUGACUGAGUUCAAACGACUGAGGCAACCACCAUCUGAGCAAGAACAGAUCGAGGUGAUUUGCCGGCAUGUCUCAGACCAGUAUAGACUGGCCCUCCAUGCGGCCGCACCCACAACUUUAACUGAGCUGCUCCUGACUGCCCAUGAGCUACACGCUGCCUUGGGGCCUAUCUCCCCUAACAGGACUGCCACUUCUGCUCAGCUGGCCCAGCGACCAAACUUGCACUGCUACAAAUGUUUUACCCCCGGGGUCACCACGCGUAACUGUGGGACCUGUAGGAAAACUAGGCAGAGUGGAAACACAGAACCUGGUGGGGGGGCAGCUGCGAGUCCUCAGGCAGAUCAAGAGAACCCAAACGCUCCACAAGACACUAGGGGUGACCCGGGUGCUCGACCGCGUAGGUUUCAGCGGCCCCGGGGUGGAAACCAGAACCUGGAACCGGGGCCCAGCGUACAGAGCACAGGGGGUUCUCACUCCGUUAAUUUGGUGCAGGACAGCCCACGGAAGUCUAAGAACUCCCCUUUGUCGUCAGUGGUAAUGGUUAACCAAGUUUUUCUGAAGGCGACAUUGGAUACGGGUGCGUCCAUUUCAGCAGUCCAUCCAUCCACUCUUCUUAGGUGUGGAAUAAAUGAGGAUAUUGUUCUCCCUUGGACUUUCUCCCCACUUGAGUUGGCUGACUCAAAACAGUGCACUCCUUCGGGUGUUGUGUGGCUGCCCGUGAGCUUGUUGGGUCACUUGUUCACACAUCGCUUUGCUGUGAUUCCAGACCUGUCUUGCCCCAUUCUUUUGGGUACUGAUUUCAUGAUCCAGGCAGAUGUUCAUAUUCAUCCGGCCACAGGUAAUGUUAGGUUGGGAGACAAUGCAAACUACGCACCAGACCUAGGCCUGUUGGAGGGGGAGUUUGGGGACUUGGAAGGUCAUGUAGCUUGCCUGACUUUUAAGGAUACCAAAGUUGAUUUUAUCCCAGUGUUGGAUCAGGCAGCUUUACUUCCGGCAGACAAGGAAAGGCUGGCAAGCCUGUUGCGAGACUUUGAAUAUCUUUUCAGUGGAAAGCUGGGGAAGACCUCAUUAGUUGCACAUAUAAUCGACACAGGAACUGCGAAACCGGUGUGCCUUCCUCCCUAUCGUGCCUCACCCGCUAAAAGAAAGAUUAUCGAAGAGCAGAUUUCUAAAAUGUUGGAGGAUGCCCAUUUCACGUGGUCUCCUGAGUGCCAGCAGUCUUUUGAUCACCUGAAGCUGCGGCUGACUAGGGCACCAGUACUUGUUUUACCUAAUUUUGGGAAGCCUUUUACAGUUCAUACGGAUGCUUGCGAUGUUGGCCUCGGGGCCGCAUUGACCCAGACUGGGGAAGAUGGCUUGGAAAGGGCUGUCGCAUUUGCAAGCCGCACACUUCACAAGUCAGAGCGCCUAUAUUCCACUUCUGAGAAAGAGUGCCUUGGGGUGAUUUGGGCUCUCGAACACUUUCGUCCAUAUGUUGAGGGCUCCUAUGUAACAGUUGUUACGGAUCACAACAGCUUGAGGUGGCUGAUGUCAAGGCCCUCCCCCUCAGGGCGAUUAGCUAGAUGGUGCCUACGACUACAAGACUUUGACUUUGAAGUGGUCCACAGACCAGGCUCUGCAAAUUUGGUUCCAGAUGCCCUUUCGCGGAACCCUGCCUGUGAUCCUACCGAGCCCGUAGACCUGUUGCCAUCAUACGCCACUAUUGGCUCUUUGAACCUCAGACGUCAACCACUGUUAAUAUUGGAGGACAAGCAACAGCUUAAGUCGCUCCAGCAGGGCGACCAGGUAAUCGCAUCGCUGUUCACGGAACUGGAGAGCGGAUCCUGUGUGGACUCAACAGAUUUUUGCAUUCAGGACGGUUUGGUUUACUUCAUGGACAAGAGGGCUUCCUGCCGGCUUCAUCCUCUUAAGGCCCUGCGGUUCUAUGUGCCGGGACUCCUCCGUGGUACUUUACUGAGAUAUUUUCAUGACCACCCGAUGGGGGGCCACCUAGGCAUUACCAAAACCCUUGGGCGCUUACAGAGACGAGUUUAUUGGCCAGGUAUGAGGGGUGAUGUCAAGAGGUAUGUCCAGUCCUGCGUGACCUGCCAGUUGUCCAAGCCAGCCAAUCAGAAGCCUGGAGGCUAUCUGAAACCAGUAGUCGCUACAUAUCCAUGGGAGUUUGCUGGUGUUGAUUUCAUGGGUCCCCUCCCCAGAUCCGGCCGUGGGAAUGAAUAUAUUUUAGUUUUCAUUGACUAUUUCACCAAGUGGGUGGAGAUCUGUCCAGUUCGAGAGGCUAUAGCGGCGACUGCGGCCCGCAAGUUUGUCUCUGAGGUGUUUGCGAGACAUGGCGCUCCUGCGCACCUGGUCUCUGACAGAGGUGUUCAGUUUGUGAGUGACUUCUUUGAGGAGGUUGUUGCUGCCAUGGGCUCAGACCACAGGCUGACUACAGCCUACCACCCCCAGUCUAACCAGACGGAACGAGUGAACCGUACUAUUAAGACUGCAAUCCGUGCUUAUGUGGGGCGAAAACACAGAGACUGGGACCUCCACUUGCCGCUGAUAUCCUUUGCGUUGAGAACAGCUCCACACCAGACGGACUACAAGGUGGAGCUCACUUCCGCCCUGAGAGAGGCGUAUGAUCAUGUGAGGGAGUCCCUAGCGGAGAGCCAGUCCACACAGAAAAAACAUUAUGAUAAGAAUCGGCGUGCCGUCUCGUUCCAGGAGGACCUGGAGUGUUUGCCCCAGCAGUUGGCUGAGACCAAUUUGCAGGAGCAAGAGGCCUGUGUCCCGGAUGAGCAGGACGUAUUUGGCUUUGAUACCCUGUUUACGGAGCCGGCCGUCCAUGACCAGUUGGCGGCUGCUCCGACUGUGGGGGCACAGCCUCCCUCAGUUAAUAGUCCUGUGGUCACGCCCCCUUGGAUGUGCUGGUGA